ACCAGCUGAGCAGGUCCAGGUCUACGCGCUAAUUCGUCUGUGACGAUUCGCUUUCUUCUCCACCCACACGUCAAUCUAUCCUCACCAUGAAAUUCUCCCUCAUAUUUCUUGGCCUUUUCGCCGUCGCCACCGCUGCCCCGCUGGCGAUAAGGCGUGCUGAGCACGCUCCUGCUGGCGUGGUUAGUGGACGUGAUAUUCAAACCGGCGAUAUGUUACGGCGAAGCGACAACUCCCCCAUUCAAGUUGUCCGCGCCAACGACGAUAGCAUAAAACGGAACCUCGGAGAAAAUUUGGAAACACGGCAAGUUGAAGAAGCGAUUGAGAUCGUCGAAGCUGUUGUUGAGCUUGUCACGGGUUUAAUUGACGCGAUAAACGAGGAUAACACGAAACGUGGUCAAUUUACCAUCGACACGGUUACCCAGUCGGGAGAGCAAUGGCCAGGCUUCAAUUGGGUCAUCUGCCACACUGAUCACACAACGGCUUUCGAUGGUACCCAGGGCACUGACUGGGGCCACACUCAUCAUGAACUCGACGUCACCUUCGGAACAAUUGGGUUUGAGCUUUAUUGGUUCAGGUCAGGUACAUUCACCCGGAACGGAGACGGUGGAUACUUGAACUGGGCCUAUGAAGACUGGUGGCUACCACUUUUAUCUAUAACCUAG